AUGGUUGUUUCGAGAUGGUAUGGGAGAGAAGGGUUGGUGGAAACAAACAUCUGGGAACUGCGACCGAAAAAUGGCGUGGGCAAUAUCUGCCGUCGUGAUUCAAUGAGCGUCGGUGGGCGCGUGCGAGGUGCCGUCGGCGGCGGCGUGGGCGGUCGGGAGCGCGUGCUGCGGCUUCCACGUGGCCGGCGCCGUGCCCUGGCGCCUGGUGGCCCUGCCCGCGCCGCGCCGCAGCAGCUUCCUCCUGCGGGGCGCCGCGCCCGCGCUGCCAGAAAACGCCUUCAGCUGGAGGGGCGAGGAGCCGCAGAGAGUGAAGCAGCCACGCAGCGCCUUGCCGCAGAUUCGCCCACUCGGCAGACAGAGGAGAAACGCAACGCGCGCCCAGUGGAACGUUCAGUUUUUCAUGCUAAUGUGGCCAAGGGUGAAGGAUUUGGAAAGAAGGAAAUUAAUUCUAGGAGAUCCUCGCUUUUAGAUAAAAGGCAACGUUGCCCUUGCCGAAUACGUGCCAACCCAUCCUAA